UUGAUAAUCUAUGCUUAAAAAUUAAACAUGGUGUUUAAUUAUCCCAAAUAAUAACACAUAAAAAAAAUAUACCUAUGUUUCAAUUGUCUUCCAAAAAUACCCCCAUCAUUUCAAUUCCCCCCAAUCUCUCUAACUUCCCUCUCUCUCCUGUCUCUCUUCCUUUCUCGGUUCAAACUCAGCCAACCCAACCACCGCACCAUUGUCUCCCUCUCUCACCUCACCACCGCACCAUUAUCACCACCUCUCGACCCAGACGACAGACGAACCCAGCCGACCCACACGACCCACGAACCCAGUCGACCCACACCACCCACGAACCCAGUGGACUCACGAACCGUCGAACCCAACGCACGCCGUCCACCCACACGACCCACACGAACGGCGAACCCAACGCACGCAGUCGACCCAACGGACGCAGUCGACCCACACGACCCACACGAGACCCACUCCGAGGAGAAAUCGUCCCAAGCACAAUCCACGAACCAGAUGGCUCCAGAACUCAUUCUCCCCUUGGCUGAGCAUUUUCCUGGGCGUAUCACUUACCGAGGAAAUGGGUACUUUGCUUCUAUUAAAGCAAAGUUUGAAGCCUUUAACCUGACCGAGAGGGUGAAGGAAACUCUUUUUGGAGUUUUUUGGAAUGCGAAUGAACUGAAAUUCUCCGGGGUGAUUGUGCAUCAACUACUGUUGAGGAAAAUGAAAGUGACUGAGGUAAAGAAUGAUGAAGUGUGGUUUUACGUGGGUAAAACCGAGGCCAGAUUUGGAAGAUCUGAGUUUGGAUUGAUUACGGGACUGAAGAUGAGCGGUGGCCCCUCGACUGAAGAAUUGAAUACACUAUGUGAGUCUGAUCGGAUAUUGCGGGACUACCUCAAUAAUGCCAAACGGGUCACUUUCAAAACCCUUUGGCUAGCUUUUGAGGCGUGCGAUGUGGCCGACGACGUGUACAAGCUGGGGCUGUGUGCAUUUGUUGAAGGAGUGCUUCUAUCUAGGGCUGAGGGUGUUUAUAUAUGGUCGGAUAUGCUGAAGUUAGUAGAAAACGAGGAGAAGUUCUUCGAAUAUCCGUGGGGCCUUCUUUCAUAUCAGAAGUUGUUGUCAUCCACAGCCAAAAGUAUGACUGACCUGAGGAAGAACUACCUUGAUAAAUCUACUAAGGAUAAGAAGAAAGGGAAGAAGGAGAAAAAAAUUACUCAACCAGAGGCGAAGUACAAUGUCUACGGAUAUGCACCGGCGCUACAAUACUGGGCCUUUGAGGUGAUGCAAGAUUUGGGGAAGAAGUACGGGCAGUGCAGAGGGACUAGAUUCCCUCGAAUGUUGAAUUGGAGCACCCCCAACACAGUUACGAAACAUGAUGUCAAGCAACCUGAUGUCGCUACCCUAUUCGAGAAAAGGAUGGUUGUUCUUCAAAUUCUGUAUCCUAGGAAUUGGGAGGUGGACUAUUGGAAGAGCAAUUGUGAGGGUGAGGUCCCCACGGUGGAAAUGGGGUUGGAUGAGGUCGAAGAAACGCAAGUCGGGGCGCAAGAUUCGACCGCAUUCCAGACCCAAGCCGAACGGGUGGCGGAUUAUGUGAAAAAGUCCAAAAUUAUUCCACCAUCCCCACCCAAAGAAGCACCAGACGCCUCCACAUCUGCCACCGUGCCCCCAACGCCUGCCACUGUGCCCCCAAGCUCUGCUCCAGCCAAUGACUCCAACUACCUCUUGUUGGCUAAGAGGUUGGAGAAGGUAGAAGCGCAACAAGUUGCGAUUCUGACUGCAAGCAGCCUUCGGAGCCGACACAACCAUCGUGGCGGCACGACAAUCGGACCCCACACAUCCAUCGGACACGGCGAGCCAUUACGGACGGUACAUCCAUCACCGCCGACAUAUGAUGAUGAUGAUGAUGUCUACCCAGAAGAUUGGCAACCUGACGCAUGUGACGUUCCUUCUACUCCUGCAAACGCCAUUGUCAUUUCGCUGGGUGAUACUGAAUCUCAGGAUGUGGAAGAGUUGCAGGGGCCACCAGAUGGAGUGGAGUUCUGUAGGCUUAGGCGAAAGCGCAAGCCGGUUUUCUUGAAUGACUACACUGCUGGGAAGAAGAAACAACGACAUGGGCCCGUGGUAGUAGACACCCUGAAACCGGCGGACGCCCGGCUGUUAAAAUUUUUCCGUAAGUGGAUCACUUAUGCUAGGGACAAUGGCCGUCCUAGGGAUGUUCACACUGGCGAAGCCACUAGAUCGUGGUUCGUGAAGUUGAUGGUGCUGAACGAAUGGCUCGAAGAUGCUCAAAUUGAUGCCAUGGCGCACUUAUUGAGAAGAAGACGGACCCUGUACCCAGAAGUCUACACCCGAAAAGGUGUAGUUUUGGACACAUCUGCUCCACAGUUCUUUUCCAUGUUUUGGAAUAUGUGUGAGGGUGACAGGAGCAAGAUGAAAUGGGAUGAGAGCGUCAUGAGUUACGUGCAGGGGAUACCGCACAGAUACUUGCCAUGUUGGGAGAAGCAGGAGUACAUAUACUUUGUGUUGCACCUUCCCAAAGAGCGCCACUGGGUGGCAGUUGAGGUGGAUAUCGAGAACUGGGAGAUCAUUGUAUAUGAUUCUGAUAUCGGUGCCACCGUUGAGGCAGCCAUGGAGUCAUAUUUGAAGCCUUACAGCGAGCUCUUUGCAAAUCUAAUUCGAGAUAGCGGUUAUUUCCAAUACAAUAAUUAUGUACAUCCGGUGGAGUUGGGCGAUCUCAGUCAGCUCCUACCCCUCCAUUAUAGACGAGCUACCUCGGAGGUUGUACCACAAACGAACAGCAGUGGCAAUUGUGGAAUGUAUGCCAUGGAGCACAUUGAGCACUUGAUGCUGGAUCGGUCGUUGGAGCAUGUGCAUGAUGAUAACAUGCUCACCUUUAGACAUAGGUGGUGUGUGGACCUAUUUUACCAGAACUUAACGUGGUAGUUUUUUGUAGGUUUUUGCAAUGUUAAUCUUGUACACAUAAACUCCCCUUUUGUAAUUGUAUUAUAAUCUCACCAAAUUUAUAUAUAACAAGUAAAUUUAAAGCUAUUUAAAUUGUUGCUUGUAUCAA